AUGCGCACCGAAAUCAUCAACGCUAAAGGCUCAAUUUGCAAGAAAGUCGUCUAUGAAUUAAACGACCCAGCCAAUCUUCCUUGGAUGCGGGACAUCCGCGUGAUAGAAUGGGAAAACGAAUACUUGGAAGUGGAACCUCCAUGUUUACCCAUUGUACGGCUAGGCCGAAGCGUCCUUCACCAACUCCGAAAUUGUGGGGUGCUCGAUGGAUACGACAGCGACAGACAUGCACUUACACACCUAGUGAGUUAUGUAUGUAAACUUGAAAUGUACUUGGACGAUGGAGGCCAAUCUUAUGUCAUUUUGUUGGAGUUAAGCUACAGACUCAGAACACCUUCUAUAACAUGUGUCAGAGGACUAAGCCAAACAGACAUGGUGAAUUACUUGUACGACCGGAUCGUGGCAGGUGGACACAGUUAUGCGUCGGCUGAAAUGAAAAUGAAGUACUUGUUGGUGCUUCACAAGGUAGCGUGUUCUAUUAAUGGACUUCAGGUGCCUAUAUGA